AUGACGCAAGCAACAUCGAGGGAGAGUAGUGGUGGUAUAGCAGAUCAGAAUGCGAAUGAAGGUGGUGAUGCUGCUGCGGCGGGGGCGGGGGCGGGGGCGGAAGGAGCUACUCGCGAAAGGAUGCAUGGGCAAGAUUCGCCUUUGCUCGAGCUGACUGAGACAGCGACGGGCACGCGCGAAGCCAGCACAUUGCCUACAGAUAAGCAAGCGGAGCAAACAGAGACUCGCAAUGGAAAUGGCGAUGGUCACGCGCAAACGUCGAAGAAGAUUGUACCUGAAGGCGAAGCAGGGCAGCAGCAGCAGCAGCAGGAGCAGCAGCAGGAGCGGGCUGAUGCGAUCGAUCGACAGGCCACCACGCUCACGUCGCGAUUGCGCGCCUCGGAAGCGGAUGCGGAGAGGUUGCUGCGCGUUCCUCGAAGGAACAUUCGCAUGCCAAAUGGCAACGCAGAGAAGCAGCAGCAGAGAAACGGAGACGAGGUGGGCACGGUGGUGGUGGCAUGGGGCUCACCGGAUAUUCUAUCGGGCAUCGUUCUGCCUGCCUCCUCUCCCUUGCGCGGCUCGUGGAUUCCUCAAGGCAUGACGUGCGCAGGCAGGGAAUUCUGGUAUCUGCUAGUGAUGCAGGGCAUGGGUGCGGCGUUGAUAUCGGGAGCGAUCAAUUUCGGCAUUGCGGUGGCGUGCUACAAGCAUCAAAUAGGCACGCGCAUCUGGCCAUUCGAACCUUUGACCGUCGCUGGGGAUAUGGGCGUGACGGUGAUCAUUCAACUGGUCAUCUCCAUGCUCAUCACCAGCGCAUUGGUGCAUGCAGACGUCAAUGCUGGACCCGUCGCUCCGCUCUCCCAUCCUUGGCCUCCGCUAUUGCACCUGCCCAGCUCUCCCACUCCUUCUCCAAGCAUUUGGGGCAUGGGCACCGGCACCGGCACCAGCACCAGCGCGGCUACUGGGAUUGGCAAUGCUUUGGAGAUGGGCAAAGCGACGGGAAAGAGCACAACGACUUGCUGCUUCUGGUGGGCCAUACGCAGCAUCUGCACAGGUUCCGAGCGCGACAAUUGGACGCAGCGCGGCGGCUUGAGUCUUGGCGGGCGCAUGCAGCGCGUGCUCUGGUGCGCAGCGCACGGUCUAUUGCUGUGCGCUCUGCUCACAUUCUGGUGGGCCUGGCCCAUAGCCAUCGCCAUUGUGGCGCCCAUCUACGAGCACCGCGAUCUGGGCAUCGGAGGUUCGGGAAAUGGUUGGACGCCUUGCUUUAUCAAACUCAUCUUUGGCGCAUUGCUCGCCUUGCUCACAAACCCCUUCAUGGCGCUACUAGCCAUGGGCGCAGAGUACAAUGUCAGAAGAGCAUAUCCCGACAAUCCUCUUUUCCUCGCUCAGCCUUGGGGAGAGGAGAAUCUCAAAAGGUGGAAGAAUGAAUUGGGCUUGGGCUUGGGCUUGGGCUUGUAG